AUGACUGGAUGGAGUGACGAACGAGCCUCAGUCAGGAGAGUUGCCUCUCCUCACCUUGGCCUUCGGUCGCCACCUACUCUACCUCCAUUCAGCUUCCUCAGCCUCAGUCAGGAGAGUUGCCUCUCCUCACCUUGGCCUUCGGUCGCCACCUACUCCUCCUCCAUUCAGCUUCCUCAGCCUCAGUCAGGAGAGUUGCCUCUCCUCACCUUGGCCUUCGGUCGCCUCCUACCUUCUCUCCUUACCUUGAGCUCAGCUCAAGCUCGGUACGGGCUCGCCCCGUCUUCUUCCUCGCCCUCGCCUUGCUCUUCCUCCAUGUCUUCCUCUUCUUCGUCAUCUUCCCUCAUCUCCACCCGCAGUCGGUCCUUCUU